AUGUUGCGGAAACGAUCGAUCUCAAUGGGUUCGGUUCGAUAUCGGGUGGCUGGAGAUGAAACUUGUACAGCCGCGUCCUCCUCAUCCAAGAGGACGACGGAACACCAAAAAUCUAAAGAAGAUGAGGACGUAGACCAAGAAGUGGAGGGUCAGAAGGAGGACGAGGUGGCGACGGAAAGGAAGCCAAAAUUGUCCAAUGCUCAAUCAGUCGAUCAGCUUAUCGUCGAACGGGAUAUUAGUGAAGGCAAAAAACAAACUUUCUAUGGAGCGGCUGUCUACCAAACUUCAGUUUUCGGGCGCAGCAGUCGAAGCGGUUCGAUCCUCGCCAGUUACAAUUUGAGCCGACGAGGAUCGGCUAGCCUGCCAGAACAAAUCAGUUCUGCGCACUUCAGUGGACGCUUGAGCGAGGUUGGUGAUGAACUGGAGGAAAGCAUACAGAUUCGUGGUCAAUGGUUAGAGCGCAGAUCUACUGAUCUGAGGGUCCGUGGUUCGAACCCGACCGUUGCAUCUCGACUUUCCCUGUCUAGGGUUAGGCUACCUGGCAGUAUCCUAGCUCUCGUGUUUACUUUCGGUGCCAUGGCAGUUAGACACCGAAAGGAUGCUACAGCUGAAGGACUUUUCGUAGUCACAAAUAAGCCCUUGAGUCAUGGUCCAGACCCCAGCACAGGCAGUGUUCAUGUAGAUAAAGCAGCCCGCCAACCAACUUGUCAGAAAGGAUUCGGUGCUAGUUCUUACCUUCACUUGGAACCAGGCAUCCUCGGACGCGUACCGGAUAUCCGCAGCACAAACCAUAUCCACAGCACCGCCGACACAAGCACCGUGGAUAGCGGCGAUUAC